CGUAACAAUACAAAACUAUACAAAAACACGAAAUAUUAAAGGAGCAAUAGGUAGCAAUAUUUUAAAGUAUAAUUUAGUGAAAAUGUAACCAUCAACAAAGCCUAAUCGCGGUGUCAACUUGCUUGCCAAGCGUGGCAACUACUGACAAAAUCCCCCAAAAGGGGGAUACUUUGUUCAUCAGUAGAUGGUUAUCGGUAGAUAUGAUGAUGAUUUUGUGUGCACGACACACCUUUUUAGUUUCUUUUUGAUUUUAUUAAAAAGAUGGUUUGUUUGUAAUUUGAAGUCUGUGUCAGUUAAGUUUGGUUUGGUUCGCUUUUUUGCUCCUUUAGUUUGCUUUGUAUAUUUUUUAUAUAAUUAUAUUAUCUUUCUAAAAACACGGGGUUUUCAAACCAGCAUACAGUAUUUUCGCCCACAGUGAGUAAGUAUAUAGUUAUUAUUGGUGUUAGUUACGUUAGUAUUAUUCAAAAGAACUGCACUCCAACAGUCCUAAUAUAGGUAAUAUUACGACAUUCAUUUAACGAGAUAUGAGUUACAUAUGAGAAUAUGUCAGGUAUUUAUCUUAUUAUAAUAUUACUAGCAGUAGUGUUCGGCUUUGGAUUAUAGCAGAAACUUACAAAUGCAAUAAGCAAGUCUAAAAGAAGACUUGAUGGCGGAACUGUUCAGAUUACCGACGGUACCAAAGAGAUGGGAUUAGAGAUCGCGAUGGAUUUCGAUCAAAGAGAAGCCAAAGUUAUAAUAGCGUCCUUAUGAAGAAGAGAUCACACAGGCGGUGAAGUGAAUAAUAAAACGCUUUGAAAAUAAAAAUGUUAUCUUCAAAAUUCUAGACUUGGAGUCGUUCGAAGACCGAAGAUCGUUUAGAUUUGUAAAUGAAUAAUGCUGCCAUCGAAGGCUAAAAAGACUUCUUGACUAAGGAUUACUUGAACUAUAUGAUGCAAGUGAAUUAUUUCGGAUCUUCCUUUCUUUUUGGAGUAACAACCAGAAAAAAAUAUAUAACCGAAUUGAGAAGCUCCAUCUAUUUGAAAUCGGUUGAAAAUAACUGCGCCUGCUAAAGUCUUCUCUCUUUUCAUUUAAGAGUUUCCUCUUGUCGGUGCGACUAAUUCAUGUAUUUUCUUGGAGCCAGUUCUAUCCCAGGCCAUGUCCUUGACCUCCCUAUACGACAUGACACCUAGUGUUUCUUUUAUCUGUCCCAUGUAGUUAUAAAGAUUGUAGACUUUACAUUUAAUUGGCGUCCUUAUUACCGCUUGUGGUUACUGACUGCCUAGUACUAUUGUGAUUGCAAUUUCAACCAUUUUACGAGUACUAGUUACUUCUAUUAUUAAUGCUACCUACACACCAUGAUAUUGCAGGCAGCAAUCAUAUCUUGUUUUAAAAUUAUUGAUGUCAGCCAUAUUUUUUAUUACUUUAUUUAUUUAUUCUUUAUCGACUACAUUACAAAAAAAAAUUAUUAGUACAAAAGACGGGCUUAAUGCUAUAGAACUUCUUUUAUUAGAAAUUCUUUACUUGUCAACUUUUGGCAAAACAAAAAUGUAAUUAUGUGGCGAAAAUAUCUAAAAUUAGCUACCUAUUAGCUUUUUGCCUGCUACUUUAUACGCGUGGAAUUCAGAAGUAGGAAAACCAAAAAAAUAGACUACUCCUAAAUGACGUAUCAAAAUAAAACAUGUAUUUUAAGUUAGACCUUCAGAAACAUAAUUGCGAAAACCGUACUCAAUUUGGAGCACAAGUUUUUGCAGGAACAAUCACACAAAUUCUAAAAAAAAUAUUUUGGCUUCUAUUGCUUUUGUUAAUACCCAUCUAUUAAUUUUUCUUAAAUAUUUCUCAUGUACAGACAUCAUCAUCAUUUUCCUUCCUUUAUCUUAAUUAUUAUUUGGGAUUAGCGUAAUAUCUUUUUCUCUUUCAUUCUUCUCCAUUCGCAGUCAUUUUAAACCUAUACAUACUUAUUAAUAUCGCAAAUAAUGAAUUCAUAAAAGGUGAUACGAGUAUAUUCUUAUCUGUCUAAAUAUUAAAAUAUUCAAAAAAGAUUAAAACAUAAUUUAAAAAUUUGCUGCGUAAAAAGAAAAGAGCGACUUUACUUGCAACAUAACUAAUAUGGGACCAGCAAUAAACCCUUUCGACUGCUGAUUCGUUUAUUUACAUUUUACCAGAGGGAGAGUUUGUACAAAAGUCGUUUGCUUAGUAACCUCUGUCCUAUUUGUGUUUCUAGCGUUAGUUGUGUUUGCAUGGCUGUGUUUCAUUUUGAAGGGAAGGAAAUAUGGCAGUGAAUUUACAGGGUACAGAGGAAUAACACCUGAGUCCUCAGGAAUGGCAACGCAUGGGGAGUAUCACGGGCGAAACAGUAUACUCUGUUAUGUCCGUGGUACUGCUCAUGUUUAUAAACGACGGUUAUUUUCCAUCAGUUGGGCCGUCAGCUUGUUUGCCAUUCUAAGUUGCAUAAAAAAAUUAAUUAACUUCUAUUUAAAAAUCUAAUACUUAUUUUCUAUACUCCUAUCUAAGGCUUAUUUUCUAGUAGCAUCGGUGUGUAGUAAAUUUUACAACCGGCGUAUAGCUGUGUGCAAUCCCUUCCGUUUGUGCAAGUAAAAGUGACGGUUGUCGGUGGUCACCUAGUCGUUCAUUGACCCGCUGAGAUGUAACGCGUAUUUCGCAUAAUAUUCGCAAACAAGUUUAAAUAACAUCGAUUCUAUAAAACCAGCCAGUAAAUAAAACACUAUAGAACGCUAUCAUAGUUGCAAAAGGCAGGUAACGUGCAACGUGCCCAUGAAUAUUCCGUGAGAUAUUUCCUCAUCUAGUAAUUAUGUCUGUAAUUCUACUCAUUAUAGAAAUAAUAAUUGUCGGAGGAAUGAUAGUGGGAUUAUAUCAGAAAAAUACAAAUUUAAUGUGCAAAUCUAAAAGAAGGCUCGAUGGGAAAACAACAAUAGUUAUCGGUGGCACAGCUGGUAUGGGACUGGAGAUUGCAGCAGAUUUUGCUCACAGAGGUGCUAAAGUUAUAAUAGCGUGCCCUAUUGAAGAUGAAGGACUUCAUGCAAAAAAGUUAAUAAUCAGAAGUUCCGGGAACGAGAAUAUCAUAUUUAAAUACUUGGAUCUUGCUUCCUUGAAGAGUGUGAGGUUAUUUGCUGCAGAUAUCUUAGCAACUGAGGAGCGACUCGAUUUACUGAUCAACAAUGCUGGCGUUGGAACACCUGGUGAUUUCUUAACAAAAGACGGCAUGAAUUUUAUAAUGCAAGUGAACUACUUCGGAAUAUUCCUGGUGACGAUGUUACUUCUACCGCUUCUGAAAAAGACUGGAACCCCGUCUGAACCGAGUAGGAUAGUGAACACGACAUCGAUCAUGCAUAAAAUUGGGAGACUCGAUUUUGAGAACUGGAACCGCGUUGGUUACUGGUAUAAGAUUCAGAUCUACGGUAAUAGCAAGUUGUGUCUAUUGGUGUUCACCCGUGAAUUGGCCAAGAGACUAAAGGAUGCAAAUGUCGUCGUGAACAUUGUAGAUCCUGGUGCAGUUGGUACGAAGAUAUUUCAAAGUGCCGGCGUUUCGUUUGGUAGUUUUGUGACGUUUAUCUUUACAAUAUUAUUCAAACAGCCUUGGGAGGGUGCGCAAACUGCUAUAUACGCUGCGAUGAGCUUAAGAGCUGGACAAGUCAGUGGGGAAUAUUUCAAAAAUUGCCAACUGUGUAAAAACGUAAAUGUUCCGUAUGACGAAGAUAUUUUACAAAAAUUUUGGGAGGAAUCGCUUAAAUGUGUUAAAUUAUGAUUCGAUGAAUCAAUAAUUUAAUGUAAUUUAUGAUUUAUUUUUUUAUAGAGAGAAAUAGAAUAACAAUGUGAUAUAUAAUUAUUGUAACUUUUACAAUUUUAUGUUUAUGUUAUAAGUAUUAGUGAUCGACUUGCUCAAUGAUUAAAUCUCAGUGUAGAUAUAAAAUUCUUAAUAAAUUA